AUGGCGCACAGCGAAAGGGCCGGAUUGGCAAGUGGAUUGGCAGGCCUCAGGAUUGAAACCUCGUUUCAGCGCAAUCAGCGAUGGGCAAAUGAAGAUGGAAGAAAAGCGACAUCAGCAGGCGACGGUAUCGAGAGCGAACAUAUCAAUCAAUCUCAUGAUCAUGCGCGUCGCCGCGAUACUGAUGAAGACCACAGUUUGUUAAGUGAUCUACACUCGGUGACCCCUCCCAUUGCCGUCCCUCGCCCCGACGAGCAUAUCGCCACCGACGACGAUACCUCCAGUUAUUCGCACAAGCCCGAUGAGAUUCAGGGGUCGCCACUUGACAGCUAUCUGCAGUCUCGUCGACCAUCGAUUUCUUUCAACCCAACUGUUUCCGUGGAGUCCGGCAAACAGAUCCCGCUGGAAGAGCCGCUUUCUGUCGGAGAUGUGAAGAAUCGACCGCCACAAAGAUUCGAGUCACGCAGCUCUGGGCUCCGCAACGCUCUCUCGCAAGACGACGACCACGCACAUCAUCCAGAUGAGUCUCCUAGUUGGAGCCCCAAGCGGUCCCAAGAUCGGGGAUUCCCGACCGGAUCAUCCCGACAUCAGACCUUCACCAGGCCCGAGGACGGCUCAACCAUGAAUUCAGAAAUCGGUCGUCCGACAUCUCUCACCUCGCAGUCGACUGUAUCGCCGCUUACGGAUGAAGCGCGAACCCCGCCCGAUGAAUCCAACAACACAAUGCUGUCGCCAUUCUGUGUACCAUCGCCAACACAGUCUUUUGCAUCACCCGAAGAUCGCAGCAGCUCUUGGUCUGGAGCUAUCGCCACUCCUUUUGGAAGCAAACGCAGCUCAACUCUCGACCGCAGCAGCAGCCUUCGGAACUCUACCCGGCACAGCUCCCGACGCUCAACCAUGUCCAGUGGAAAAUCUCCAGCCAGCAUGUUCCUCUCUAUGUGGGGCAGUCGUGAAGAGCCUGCCUCGCAGCCAGACGAUGAAGGUCAAAUGGUCGGAGAUGACUAUGUUCUCGGAAAGCAAAUCGGAUUUGGUGGUUUCAGUACUGUUAAGGAGGCUUACAAGGCUGAAAAGCACGGUGAAACGAAAACCCUCGCCGUCAAGAUCGUCAAGAAGCAAAUUUCAGGGCGAAGCGAGCAAGAAAACGAUCAAGUGCAAGCCGAGUUCGACCACGAAGUGCGAGUCUGGCGGUACCUCAGCCACCCGCAUGUACUGACGCUCGAUGCCGUGUACGAAACAGAUUAUGCCACGUUCUGCUUCACCAAACUUGCUAUUGGUGGCACGCUCUUUGACCUGGUUCGCCAAAACCGUUCUGGUAUUGAUUCCACACUGGCCAAGAAAUAUGCACACCAACUGGCCUGUGCAAUCCGUUACCUUCACGAAGACGCACGAGUAGUUCAUCGCGAUAUCAAGCUUGAAAAUUGUCUCCUUGACCCCAUCGCCGGCCCUGAUGGCACCGUCUCUUCAACCCUAGUACUUUGUGACUUUGGAAUGGCUGAAUGGAUGUCCAUCGAUAAUGGCGGCGACUCACCUGACCCCUACGAGGACGCAGCUGACCGUCCGCCACCUCAACAAAUGGGUCCAGCUGGCUCCAGUACCAGUAUUGCAGGUAGUCUUGAGUACGCCUCGCCUGAGCUCCUUCAGUCUGUAGACGGACUUAUCCACCCAUCCGUUGACGUCUGGGCAUUUGGUGUGAUUGUCUACACCGUCGUCGUCGGCUCGCGACCGUUCCAAGACGCAUUCGCACCUCGCAUCCAGGCGAAUAUACUGAGCGGUACCUGGGAUCAGAAUGCUGUGUUCGGAGACACUGUCGACGGCCACCUCCGACAAGAUCGCGAAGACGCCCUUGAAUUGAUCCGUGGCUGUCUUGAAAUGGAUCCCGUCAAGCGCUGGACUAUCGGAGAGGUCCUGAAGUGCGCUUGGCUGCGAGAAAUCGCCGAGUCUGCUGAAAUAUCUUCAGACACCGUAUGGAAGCUAUGA